AAUUGUUCCAAUAUUAUAAAUAAGCAUACAAAGGGUAUUGGAACAACUGCCAUGGACUUAGGGACCCAUCCUGGCAUUCGCCUGACACUAUCUGGGGAAACCAUGGAAGACCCAGAUCAGGAUGGCAGAGGAGGGUGGGAUGUUACAAUAUACAAUUAAAAUUUAUAAUAUACUCAAAUGCACAGUUCACAAUUACAAUUUAACUACAAACACAAAGACAAGUCACAAUUACACUGAAACUAUUAUCACCAAAUGCACAGUUCAAAAUUACAGUUUAUAAUCACUACUCCUCCGUUGCCCUUCACAGAUGCGACAUCUGAUGCCCUCAGCUUCAACCUGUAAAAACAAUGAGCCAACACCCUAACAUUUGCAUGACAAGAUGUUGAGCUCAUAAGGACUUUAGUAAGGAAACAGGACAAAGCAUGCAAUUUGAAGAAAUGAUUAACACAAUACGGCAUAUGUGGUUCGUAAAAUCAUUUAUAAUAAACUCAAACAACUACUGCAUCAACUAAUUUUGGUGUGAGUAAAUGUAAAUCCAUAACAUUGUGUAAUUACGUCAUGUAAGUUAGUUUAUGGGUGACAUGUCCUAGUGUGAGACCCAGGCACUCUUCCUAACAUUGUAGCUAAUGAUCACACAUCUAAAAAAAAACUCACAAAGAACUAGUGGUUGCUGGUGAUUUUAAUAUACAUGUCCUGAAAAACACUGAAAUCAGUUACAUUGACAUUCAAUUUAAUUUCUACUGUAAAUUUCCCAACUAGGGUAUACAAAUGUGCUAAGACAGCCACUGACAAUAUAUUUAUAGCCAAUUCUAGGCAAGUAAGCCACAUUACAAAACCAGUAGUAAAUGGGUUAUUAGCCUUACAGCUCAUUACAAUAUUUACUGCAAAACAUUGAAGAAGGUUAUCCAGAAAUCUAAACACCAGCAUUAAGAAAAGAAGAUAAAUACAUUCAGCAAUAAAAUAAAAACAAUAUGGGAUACAGUUAAAUCAGAGACAGGUAGGACGAGAAGUGGAGGAGGAACAAGUAGCUCAAAAAGUAAAUGAAACCCUGAUAAACAAUGGAAUAUCCGAGACCAGUGUACACAAGCAAUCUCAGUGAAAUGAAAUUUACACUUCACCCAAAGAAAUAGAAUCAACGUCCUUGAAAUCAAACCAUUCUAGUGCUUACAAUAACACAUCAACAAAGUUAAUAAACGAGUGUUCAUGUGAGCUUAGUCAUAUCUAAAGUUAUUUGUGUAAUCAAUCACUUAUUACAGGAACAUUCCCGGGCUGGCUUAAAUAUGCUGAAGUUAUACCUCUCCACAAGAAACAGAAAUGCUGUCAAAUUACCGACCAAUCUCACUUGGGAGAAGGCAUUCCACAUCGGACCUCAAAAUGGAGAAUGAUGCACUACUGGAAAUGAACCAAAUGGAAUUAAGAUCUGAGGUUAGUGAUCUUGCACCGCCAUUACAAGAAUGUGGGACUUCUUCUACACAUAUGACAGAAAAUAUAAAAAGAAAUAAUGAACUUUUAGUGCCAAUUACUGAUCAGAAUGAGGAGGAUAUUGCUGAAAUUCUGAACAGUACAUUUGAAGUGGCUGAACAAGAUUCCAUUUUUCCGACACCUGCUCACAAAUGUUCAGUUAGGUUUGCAGCUGCAGUAGAAACAGCAUCUUUUUCUAGCUCUGUGGACAGUACUCCAAAAUUUUCAACUCAAGUUUCAGUGAAUAGAAAACAGAGAAGCAGCCACUACAAAGGAACUCCACAUCCUUCAGUCAAGAAGCGUCCGGCCAGUAUUCUGCAAACUUCAUCCAGUAAGAAGUUUCCUUCCAGUUCGAAGGAUAAGUCAUUAAAAGGAAAAGGCUCAGCUCGCAAAAUGCCAGAUUUCAACAGCAUUCAUAAAGCCCCGUUUGAAAAGAUGGAGUCUAUUGUUGACUUCAGUCACAGACGCCAGAAGUGUGUGAGAAAAUUGGAAGAUCAGGCAGUUGAUGGCAACGACAAAGAGGUACAACUAAAUCCAUUUGCAGUUGUCAAGCCAGUGGAGAAAAUGGCACGAAAUGCUGUCAGUCGAAUACCUGUGGCUCCACAGAACACCAGCAGACAUGGGACACCAAGAGCAUUGUCCAGCAGUCACAUUCCUGCUGCCAGCUUCCAUGUCUUGAAAGAAAAGAAUUUUUAUGCACGUCUCAGUGCACCACAUACAAUCAAUUCAAGGCCCAGUUCUGCAAAAAUGGGAAAUAAUUCUAGACCAAAGCCUUUGAGUAACCUCAAGCCACAGCGAGUUACUUAUGAACAAGCUAAAGCAACAAUACAGAACAAGAAACCUUUGGCAACUGGUAAAAGAGAGGCUGAAAGACUGGAGAAUCGCAACAUUUUGAAAAGAGUAAGAUUGAACCGCCGAUUUGAAUUACAGAUGCAGCACCGAAAAUUAAAUGUGUAAUUAUUAUUGUAUAUUCUUCAAGUAAUUUUACUCCUGGCAUUUCAGUACUGGGCUUUCAUGUAAAAUUCCCAAUAUGUGACAUAAAGAACUGCUGUUAUUAUGCUUGCCUUUCUGUUCUUUCUAAUAUAUUUGUCUUUGUAUAACAAAUGAUUAUAUCCAUUAAUUGUAAUAAAUUUAACUUUUAUUCAGCUAAUC